AUGGCUGCUGCUGCUCGGACACUCCGCAUUGGUCUCAUCCCCGGAGACGGCAUCGGACGGGAGGUCAUCCCGGCCGGUCGUCGCAUUCUCGAGGCUCUCCCCUCUUCUCUGAACCUCAACUUCAGCUUCGUCAACCUCGAUGCUGGCUUUGAGACCUUCCAGAAGACUGGCACUGCCCUGCCCGACAAGACCGUCGAGACCCUGAAGAAGGAGUGCGAUGGUGCUCUGUUCGGUGCUGUCAGCUCUCCCUCCACCAAGGUCGCCGGCUACUCCUCCCCCAUCGUUGCUCUCCGCAAGAAGCUCGACCUGUAUGCCAACGUCCGUCCCGUCAAGACCACCGCCGGUAGCAGCAACGGUAAGCCCAUUGACCUGGUCAUCGUCCGUGAGAACACCGAGGAUCUGUACGUGAAGGAGGAGCGCACCGAGGAGGGCCCCAAUGGCAAGGUCGCCGAGGCCAUCAAGCGCAUCUCCGAGCGUGCCUCCCACCGCAUCUCCACCAUUGCUGGUGAGAUCGCUCUGCGCCGCCAGGGUAUCCGCGCUGCUGCCCCCGGUACCUCUUCCCACAGCCAGCCCAUGGUCACCAUCACCCACAAGUCGAACGUCCUGUCCCAGACCGACGGCCUGUUCCGUGAGACCGCCCGCAAGGCCCUUGCCGCCGAGAAGUUCUCCUCCAUCCACGUCGAGGAGCAGAUCGUCGACUCUAUGGUCUACAAGCUCUUCCGCCAGCCCGAGUACUACGAUGUCAUUGUUGCCCCCAACUUGUACGGUGACAUCCUGUCCGAUGGUGCUGCCGCUCUUGUCGGCAGCCUGGGUCUUGUUCCCAGCGCCAACGUUGGUGACGGCUUCGCCAUUGGUGAGCCCUGCCACGGCUCUGCCCCCGAUAUCGAGGGUAAGGGUAUUGCCAACCCCAUCGCUACCCUGCGCUCCGUUGCUCUGAUGCUCGAGUUCCUGGGUGAGCCCAACGCCGCUGCUAAGAUCUACACUGCUGUCGACGCCAACCUGGAUGAGGCCAAGUUCCUGUCUCCCGAUAUGGGCGGCAAGGCUACCACCCAGGAGGUCCUCGAUGACGUCCUCAAGAGACUGUAA